AUAAUGUCACAACAGCCUCUACUAAAUGGUCCUACAGCUGAAUUUAACACUUCUAAAGAUGAAGUUAAGGAAAUGCCAAAAGCACAACAAAACGGAAACGGAUCACAACCAUUUCAACUGCCCGGGGGAACUCCAAUUAACGUACAACGGCCGUUGAAUAGAAACGACAGUAAAAGUAAUUUUCCAUAUCGACCUCCAUUUCCAAACCAACCAGGUGGAAACCCUCCAAGACCUCCACCAGUACGUCCUCCGGGCCCACAACAGUUCAUACCUCCAAGAUCACCGCUUCCCCCUGGCCAACGACCUCCUGGGACUCCGCAACAUCCUCCGGGGCAAGGUCCACCUCCUGGACAGCCGUUUCCAGCGAACCAACCCAGAGCGAAUUUCAGACCGUUUUCUCCGUUUCCGAGACCAGGUGUACCUAACCAGAGACCACCUGGUGUCUUUCAACAAAGAUCAGUACCGAGCUUUGGUAACGUACGACCAUCAGUACCUGAAGAGGGAAUCGUUAGAUCUCAAACUCUGGAUACUACAGAGAUUGAUCAUUCUAAAAACGAUGAGCCCAAAAGUAAUACUUCUCACGAUUAUGUCAAAACGCCCUCCAUAGCUGCUAUGAAUAACAGAAGUUACAGUCUGAGUUCAAACGCCCCAGAAAUAGCAUUAGAUUCAAAAGAAGAUGCCAGACGAAAAUCAGUUAGCAGCGUUGAUAGUUAUGGCGAAGGAAGACCUCCAUCUCGACCAUCGUCGAGACAAGGAUUUGGUUCAAAUGAAAACUUAGAAACAAAAGAAGAAAGCUCCUCGAGACCAGAAUCAAGACCAAUGUCAAGAAUGAACAAAAUUGUAGAAGACGAAGACAGAUCCCCAAGCUCAUUAACAGACGUUUCUCAAAAGAGCAACGAUCUUACUCCAAAUGACAACUCCAAAUCCAAAUCACCCCAGCCAGUAAUUAGUAAAACACCUGACCUUACUGCAAGUAGACCUCCAAGUGGCGCUAAUUUGACUAACGGCACUAAAACGAUGAACGAUAAGCAUCUGCAUCUGAAUACGACAUCAACAAGACCCAAAUCUUCAACAAAAGAAGGAGAUAAUGACAGUGGUGUCGACGAGUCAACACAAGGAAAUGACCAGUCAAGUAAUGGUGACAACAGAUCGCCAAGAAAGAGUUCGAAAUCUAGAACGUCUACAUCCACACCCGUAGCUAGGUCUUUAUCAAGAGGGUCAAAGUCUCCUAGUCUAAAAAGUCCAGAUUCUAAUGUUACCACGCCGGGAUCAGCAACAGAAAAGAAAAAAUUGCCAAUGAACAAAGUCCAAGUAGGCCAUGCUCCAUCGCCAAAUCUAAAAGUAGUAAAAUCUAAAAUCGGUUCCCUUGGUAAUACCAACUACAAACCAGGAGGUGGCAACGUAAAAAUAGAAAACAAAAAAUUGGAAUUCAAAGUGGCGCCUAGGAUAGAAGCCAAAAACGACAGAUACACGCCGAAGGGAGGCGAAAAGAAAAUAGUUUCCCAAAAGUUACAGUGGAACGCGAAAUCCAAAAUAGGCUCCCUAGAAAAUACCACUCAUAAACCUAAGGGUGGGGAUAAGAAGAUCGAAUCGAUGAAAUUGGAUUUCAAAGAAAAAGCUAAAUCCAAAGUGGGAUCCAAGGAUAACAUUAAGCACCAACCUGGAGGUGGUGAUAUUAAGAUUGAAAAUAAGAAGAUUGAACUUAAGGUUCAGAGUAAAAUUGGAUCUCUCGACAACGUCAAACACAGACCAGGAGGAGGAGACAAGAAGAUCUUUGACGAUAAAGAAUAUUUGAGACAGACAUCAGGUGGAAGCAUGGAUCAAUCCUUGUCGGCUUCUCAGGAACCAGAGUAUCUAUAUAGAUUCUAUUGAUUUCAUCAAAAUAUCAUUCGUUAAGAAUUCCAUACCUUCACAGCCAGACAAAGUCCCAAUCGCUGACGAGAAUUUGAACCAGGAACACUAAAUACGUAGAUAGAGUUGUUGUGUUUAUCGUUAUGAAGGACUUAAUUUUUACCAAGGCGUGAACAGCGCUUUUCAAAUAAAUUAAAACAAAAUACUUUGUCACUAAAACUAAAGUAUCGCAUGUCCAGUAUACAUUAAAACCAUUUUUAGUAUGCACUUUUUGAAGUAACGUAAAGUUUAGAGAAUAUAUUGUUGUAAAGUUAUAAUUAACAAUAGUUUUCACUAACACUUCAGUUCAUUUGCGAACAGACAUCUACAUUACUAGAAUAAGAAAUUUAUACCAAUAUAAUACUAAAUAAAAAAAAUAUUUCUCACAAGACAAAAGUAAGUAUGUGCUAAAAGAAGUAGGGUUGGACGGACACGACAUAGCUAUCAUAAGCAAUAGAUACUUAAACCACACAGGAUGGGUUCUAACAAACAACGGAAACACCAAUUACAUAAACAUAGAACGAGGAGUGCGUCAAGGGUGCUUUCUGUCCCCUCUUUAAUGUCUAUGCCGAACAUACCAUCAGCUUCUCUUGAAGAUCGCCCUGAAGAUUCCAGAACCAAUGGAAUCAUCAUUAACAAUAUAAGAGAUGCCGAUGACACCGUAGUAUUAGCGGAGACAGAAGACCAACUAAAAAUAUUGAUCAACAUAUUAUCAGAAGAAAGUCAUGGGCUGGGCUUGGACAUUAACUUUUCCAAAACCAAAAUCAUGGUAUUCCACAAGAACCCCCAUGAACAAAUUACACCCAACAUACAAAUAAUUAUCCAUGAGGAAAAAGUUUUCCUGUAGUUGGCUGUAUACCAUAUAUUACAAAAAACGACUAAAAUCCUUUAUGAAAGGUAUAUUUGUUAAAAUUCCCAAAUGUUUCAAACAUACCUUUUAUAAAUUAUAAAGGAUUUUAGUCGUUUUUUUUUUAUACAAAUAAAUGGUAUCGCCCUUCAGAGUUUCCAAAGCUUCAUAUACCUGUGCAGAGAGCUAAAUAGUCAACUAGACCAUUCAAUAGAAAUUAGAAGACGCAUUGAAAUAGCAAGUUCUGGUUUCAUGAACAUGCGUAAAAUGCUUUGUAACUCCAAGCGAUCAGUCACAAUAAGAUUGAGAACACUAAAGUGUUCUAUGUGGUCUCUAUUACUAUAUGACUGUCAGACCUGGACAUUAAAACAGUAUGAAGUCAACAAAUUGAAUUCAUUCGAAAUGUGGGUGUACCACCGAAUGCUAAAAAUAAGCUGGACCAGCAGAACUAUAAAUGAAGAAGUACUGAAAGGAAUGAACACACGUCCUCAUCUAGUCAAUACUAUCAAAAUUAGAAAUACGUCAUAUGUAGGACAUACAAUGCGUCAUAUGGAAUUUUAUCAGCUCCAGGUAAUAUUAGAAGGCAACGUCGAAGGUAAUAGGAGUAUAGAAAAGAAGGAAAAAUCUUGACUAUGAAACAUCAGAGAUUGGACACACACAACAGGAAAUUAUUUAAUUCAUCAAGCGCAGAACAGAGAAAUUUGCCAUAUUGAUCGCCGACCUCAAUAGAGAAGUCACUUAGGAGAAGGAACUUAACCUAACAGAACUUUAAACUUUUUCGUCUUUAGUUAUAGAUUAAUUGUUUAGUCUACUUAGGUUACUGUAGAUGUCUGUUUGAUUUAAUAAAAACUUCUACUAUACUUAUUGUAAUAUCUAUAAGUGUAUAGCAGCAUAAGUGCAUAAAGUAAAUUAAAGCGUAAUACAAAAGUUAGUUUUGGUGUUGUGAUACCUAGAAUAUGUGACCAAAAAAAAUAUACAAAACAUUUGUAUUUUCUAUAACAAAAUUUCAGAAAGUGUUGAAAUUUUUUGUUUUGUUUCAAAUAAAUUAGUGUUGUAUAAUAAGAGUUUCCAUAAGUGUAUGUCAUAAAAUAUAAUUGAAAAUUUUGGAACUCACUUAAAAACAUUUUUUAGAGAUACCCUCUAUAUUAAAUUUAAAAAUUGUUAUUCACAAAAGGUGGCAUGAUAUAUUCGCAAAUUAUAUGUUACGUAUUUAUUCGUAUCUAUAAAUAAUUGGUGAACAAUGCAAUGUUAACUAGCACAACAAAAAUGUGAAUUGUAAGAAAAAUCUCUAUUGGUCAUCAAUUUAACUGCUGUGGGUAAACGUAUAUAAUACCUACAGUCGGAAAAAUGAAAGAAUACCCAUGAACGAACAUAUAAAACACGCUGUAUUUUCCUGUCACCGUAUCACAAAACAAAUUGCAAAGCGCAAGUACAUGUAAUAAUAAUUAUUGUAAUAAUAAUUAUUACAUGUACUUGCGCUGGCCAAUUUUUUAUACAGUUUUAAAAUACAGUGUGUUUUAUAUGUUCGUUCAUGGGUAUUCUUUCAUUUUUCCGACUGUAUAUAAAACGUUUGUAAACAAUUUUAGUAUUUUAUUUAUUACAAUAAUUUCAUUUAAAAUCUUACAAAUUUAAAAACGUAAAGGAAAUACGUAAAUUUUAAAAUAAAUAAUUAUCUUUUCUGAGCUUUAUUGUAGGUAAUAUCUCUGAAAUAUCCUUAUUGGGUUAAAAUAUUUCGGCACUUUCUGUAUAUCGGGCUUUUAAAUGUUGCCAUCAAACUGUAUUAUCAAAACUCGGCUCAAACGUUUCUACCAAAAUAUUCACCUUCAGUACUCAUUAAAAAAUACAGAUACCAUAUGAAGAAACAUUUAAAAGCUUGGUAUUUUAGCAAUACCUGUCAGUUGAUAGCAGAUCAUUAAUAACAGCUCUUUUGUAAAAUUUAAGCAAACAUCACGCUUUACUUCAUUUUUUUAUACAUAAAAUUGCCUAUACUGUACUAAAACAAAUAGUAGAAGUAUCUAAUAGAGCACCAAAAUGUUUAGAUUCACAAUAUCAAAAGAAAAUAAUCGGAAAUAAAAAAACAGUCUGAAUUAUUUUAAUACCCCACAAAGGUUUCAAGCAAUUUCGUUAAAUAUGCAAAAAAAAAUAUAUUUGUACCUAUAUAAUAAAUAUUUUUAAAUGAGUGGGUUACAUUUAUAUUAUACAGAUUUAAGCCAUGGGGCUCUUAGUCCUUUUAAGGCGAAAAUUCACUCAUCCCAUAUCCCCACGGUAGACUUUUGCUGAUAUUUGGAGCAGUAAACGACCAAGUGCAGUAUUGACAAAGAUAUAACUUCGAAUUAUGCCAACACUUUAAUGAACUAGACGUCAUAAUGUUCAUUAAACACAGCGACUUCGAUGGACUGGAUACAUAAUACGAAUGCCAGAAACCACAGAAACCACAGAAACCACAGAAACAUCUGUAAGAAGAAGCAGAAGCCGACUGCAAAUUAGGUGGUUGGAUGGAGUUGAGAGGGGAUGGACUUAGGGAUAUUAAAAAUUAGAAGAUGGCAACAGGCCACCAGAUACUGAACAAAAUGGCGACGAAUCUUAAAGCAGGCCAGGAUCCACAGAAGACUGUUGACAAAACAUGAUGAUGAUUAUGAUAUACCUAUGGUAUUAAAAGGAUUGAGCUCUGUUGGGACUCUCCGUAUUAUCGAGUCCUAGAAUACCUAAAAGGCUAAAACAUUAUUUUCGAUUUGUAGUAAACAACUACCAAUAUAUUUUCGGAACAAUUCAUACGUUUCGAAACAAUUAUAAAAAAUUAUGAAUCAAAGGAACAUAACACAUGCUUCAUAAUCUAAAGAGAAUAUGAAUAAUUAUUGAAAAUUAGAAUUGAUGAACAGAAGCGUAGAAACAUGAACACUAGAAAGCCAGUUGGUUGAAGCAUAACCUCUGAGAAAAAUGGAAGAACAAACAACAUGGAAAAAGGAGAGAAAUGAACAAAAGGACAAAUAGAAGAAAUAUUGAGGAUCCUAGAGAGAUUACUUGAUUUAUUGAUCUAUGAUUUUGAUCUGUGAAAAAUAAUGACACUGUUGGCUUUAUUGUCGUUUUAAAUUCUGUCUAUGGUACAUAAACAAUGAUAAAUUACCAGAUACAAAAAUAUUACAUUAGAUUGUAAAAUCUGAAGUAAAGCAAAAAAUUACUACUUAUAAACAUUUGUAUCUUUAAAACUAUGUAGACAUAUAAAUAUAAUCUAUGAUAAAAAUUUGACAAAAGGGCAUAAUUGUAAUUAAAAUAUAUCACCGCUUAUUAUUACUUAUACGUCACAUUUCUAAUUUAUUUUUAGUUUAUAAAAGACUUGAGAGUGUAUUCAAACAUUGGAGUCAUUUCUCAAUCGUUUUAAACAAGUGUUAUAUUAUUAAAAUAUUUAAAUAAUAGCCAAAAAUAUAAUUGUUUGCUUGGCAGAUUUUCACAAAAAUCAGAUAUUUUUCUGUUAUUUUUGUUCUCAAAAGGGGCAGCAAGACCCCUAAAUUCACUCAUCAAAAUAAUAGACUAAAAAUAUUUUUUUAAUUAUCUGGCUAUAUUUUAUCUACAAAGAAAGACUCAAAACAUAGGUAUUAUGGGUCAAUAUAUAAAUUUUAGCAUACAAGAAACAAAAGAGUGGUAUAUCACAAAAUGUAUUGAGAUGGAGUAUAAAAGAAAAGAUAUAAGAGAAAACAAAACAUAAAAUAAUUUUGUAUGUUUGAAAAACAGGGAAAACAACUAUGAGUGUCGAAGGAAUAACUGCAUGAAGACCUGAAACUCAUCUAUGCUUUACACUAGCCACAAUACGAAGACGAUAGAUGUAAAUAGGUACUUAGUAUCUCAUCAACUAUGUAAUAUGGCCAUUUAUGAGAGAGUGGAUAAUUGUAUAGAUCUCUAAAAACAAAAGUAUUAGAAAUAUUUGGUCCUUGUUUACAAAUGAAAAAAAAAUAAAUUACAAAAUUACAAAAUUUGCAAAUUAUAUGAAUUUAAAGAAUCAUUAAAGUUAUACUAAAAGUUAGCUAUACUAAAAUCACAAUAAAGAUGCACUAGAAAAAAACAAACCAAGACACGUUGAGUGUUACGAGGAGCACUCCCAAAUCAUGAUUUACAAAGUUUAUACUGUAAAUCAUAAUUCGGGAGUGCUCCUUGUAACAUUCAACGUGUCUUGGUUUGUUUAUUUCUGGUGCAUCCUUAUUGUGAUUUCAGUAUAGUGUUAGGUAAAUGGCUCCAAUGUUAUUUUAUAUCGUAGUUUAUUUUGUUUUAAAUAUUGUCAUAUUUUAAUAUAUUUGUAAGGCAUUUUUUCACAAGUGCUAUUUCCCGUUUUUUUCUAGUUUGUAUUGACAGUAAAAGUAUUAAUGUUAAGUUAUAUUUCAUUACAAUAAACUUUGCAUAUUACCUUU